UCUUUACACACUUAACACAUCCAGCGAGCAGUCAGCAUGAUUCAAGUUAUCUUCAGUAUCAUCCUCGGCAUCAUCCUGAUAAGCUACUAUCUCACACCAGAACCCCGGCUGGACACAGAAGAACCUGAACCUCGUCAUGACCGUGACGACCAUGACGGCUCCAGACCAAGCCUUGGAAAAGUCCCCAUCUCGGUAAAUUACCACUUCACACGUCGAUGCAACAAGACAUGCGGCUUUUGCUUUCACACAGCGACCAGCUCGCACAUCGAACCGCCUCAUCGGCAGAAACAGGCGCUGCAGCUCCUAGCCAAAGCUGGCAUGCGCAAAAUCAACUUUGCUGGGGGCGAGCCCUUCUUGUAUCCUAAGCCGCUCGGCGAAAUGAUCACCUUCUGCAAGCGCGUGCUCAAGCUCGAAUCUGUGUCCAUUGUGACCAACGGUAGCCUGGUCCGCGAGGCGUUUCUGCAGGAGCACGCUGACGAGCUGGACAUUCUGGCUGUGAACUGCGACUCGUUCGACGAGCAGACCAACAUCAGAAUUGGCAGGGGCAGCGGCGACCAGGUCAAGAAGCUCUACGAGAUUGCGGGCUGGUGCAGAAAGUACAGCAUCAGCUUCAAGAUCAAUACGGUUGUCAACAACCUGAAUUGGCAAGAGGACAUGAACGAGCAUAUUGAAAGGCUUCGGCCGUUCAGGUGGAAAUGUUUCCAGGUGCUGAUUGUUCAGGGGGAGAAUGACGACCUAGAAGGCGGCACUUUGAGGGACGGGCAUAGCUUUACCAUCACCGACGAGCAGUUCGACGCUUUUAUCAAGAGGCAUGAGGGACAGAAGUGUCUCGUGCCGGAGCCGAAUCGGUUGAUGGCAAAGAGCUAUCUUAUUCUUGACGAGUACCUGCGGUUUUUGGACCGAACCGGUAAGCAGCCAUCCAAGUCGGUUCUGGAAGUCGGGGUAGAAGAGGCGCUGCAAAGCGUGUUCUGGGACGAGGACGCGUUUCUGGAGAAGGGCGGUCUGUACGACUGGGUGAAGCCGGAAGGCGAGGGCGGUUGUGCUGGGGGAGUGGAAGGUGUGGAUUGGUAGACGGGAAGGAAGGAACUCUGCGUUGUGUUAACAGUACCCGAAAUCAU